GUUACGCAACCAUGAUGACAUUGGUGCAACAGCAUCACAGCUCUUCCAGUCACCACACCCACACCCCAUUCCAAACACGCCUGAUCCUUGCGGACGACCCGAUGGCCGGCGUGUUAGAUACAUCUGCGUAGAGACGCUAGACAUUAUACCCCAGUAAUCCAACAACGAAACAUUUCUGGUGCCUCCCACCCAUAACUUUAGAGGCCGGUCACCUGCCUACCUCCCACUUCUCGCACAGAAAGUCUCCUUACUUCCACUUUCACACCUCAAGCUUUCCCCUCAGCACCCAUGCUUACUGCGCUAUCUCGUUCUCGGGACGUCAUUCCUUCUACUGUAGAGCACAGCGUCAGAAGGGAAUACCCAGUAUCUCGUCGCAGAUGCUCCUGCUACUGCGAGGACUAUCAACUAUGCCCUAAUUGCGUGGCCCUUCAGUCAUGGGAGAGCAGUCCCAGUGGGCACAGAGAUACUCAUUCCCUGAUCCAACUGACGGAAAUCUUGGAUGUGCGAGUCGGAGAUAUUCGCGCUAUGCGGGGAGCCAUUCACCACUACGUCGACUGCAAUAAUUGCCAUCGUCCCAUUAGGGGCGUGAGGUACAAGUGCAUCCAAUGCGGGAAUCUUGAUCUUUGCCCCUCGUGCAUUUCUCGUCAAGGGGAGAUCGACGAACCUUCCCAUACCUUCGUAACGUUCGUUCAGAGGGGUAAACUAAUCUACCGACCAACUAUACCCAUCACAAACUAUCGAAUCGAAUCUUCUUCUGCUUUGCCUUUGCAAGACGCGCCGCUACUCGGCAGAGUACCAAACACCACAGGGAAUUCGCCAGUGACAAGUGAACGUACCCGCGAAGGAGUUUGCGGUGAUUGCGGCGUCGUUCUCAAUACCCCAGAUUUAUCUGUCUUAACUGCCCCAGUUCACUUUCAGCUGUGCCCGGCAUGCGUGGGCCGAGUUACGGAAAGACACCCAGGUCAUUCCUUCAUCCGUUGUUCAAAUUCCAGCGACGUCAUUGUGGGACCGAUCCCUACUGCACCCGUGAUCCAUCGGAACAACUGUGUUCGAUCUAUGUACCGCUGUUUACAUCCUGCAUGCGAGUCCACUACCUUGUGCGAACAAUGCGAAAGCUUACCCAACGAGGUCGGGGUACAUCCUCUUUCCCAUCCGCUAGUGAAGUUUAGACAGGAUCACUCACAGGACGAGAGGCGGCGGGAGGUUUGGGACAAGAUCUUCGAUUUCUCACGUUCACUUCGCAACUGUACGAGCGGUUUAGAGGAAUCGACUUCGCUCAAUGUGCAUUACGUUCCAAACGAGUGUCCUAUUUGCUACGAAGAUAUGACGGGCCGGAUGACAACAGGGGCACCCUGUGGCCAUCUUCUAUGCAGGGAUUGUAGAGCCUUGAUUUUGAGGUUCGCCAGAGAAGAAGGCCGACGGGCGAGUUGCCAUUUUUGCCGUUCCUACUACGAAAGCGACGUAUAAUACCAUCAAUCACUCUCUUGUAGUUAUUUCAGUAUUACACUAAUCUACGUGAUGACAUCAAUAGAAUUUGGCGAGGAGGGACACGUCAUUGAGGCCUCCGAAGGCUCCAUUGGUUCUAUUGAAGGAAUGAG